UGAGUAUUUGUUGGAAUAAAACCAUUUGUUCAUAUGCUUGUUGGAACUUGUUAACUAUUAAAAUAUCACUAAAUGUUUGUCUGAAUCACAUAUCAUCUUGGUUAAUGUUUUUCUCCUUUGAUUUUGGAAAGCAAUAAUGUAAAUUUGCACUUUAGUUGUUAGUUAUAGUUGGGUUUUAAAUCUCUUUUGUCAUGUUAGUUCUUGUAAAUUUGUCAUUCAUAGUGAGAGUAUCAUGCUUCAAUAAUGAAAAUUGUAGGUACUCUUAACUAAAUCUAUGCAUUACCUUGUAUAAACUAGUUAACCAUCAAAGCAAUCAUUAUAUUACAGCAACCAAAUGACAAGUUUAAAUAAUUUAUGAUGGUGAUACAUGUAUGUCAGCUGGGGAAAAUUAACGUAGUUCGUUAUCCAAUUUGUUAGUUAGUUGGAAACUUGUUAGAGAGGAUAGGGUAUCACACUGUAUAUAAAUAAUUGAGAAUGGAGAGGAAGGGGUUCUUUUGGGAAUUUAAGAGAGUUUUAGGCCUUUUGGCAUUUGGAGGUCGCUGAGGUUCUGAUAAGCAAAGAGUCUGUUUUGAUUACAGAAAAUGGCAUAGCUUCUAGGGUUUGGCUAACUGUCUGUUUUGAUUACAGAAAAUGGCAUAGCUUCUAGGGUUUGGCUAACUGUCUGUUUUGAUUACAGAAAAUGGCAUAGCUUUGAGGGUAUGCCCAACUGUCCCCCUAACACACAAACUAACAAAUCCGUUAUCUAACUAAAUCUCUUAACUGUAACAGAAUAUACCUAUGACCAUCAAAGUUCUGUAUUGUUGUUCUAUAAUCAAGAUGAUUAUUUCUAAUCAUUUGAAAUAAAAUUACAGUUUGUAUUAGAUUGAUUAGAUAUUGAGUUAACAACUUCAUUUGCUUAUAUUAUAUCUUCUUUCUUAUAAAGCUAUUACUUUUUUAAGUAGUUGAACUGGGACUGAAAUUGCAACUAGAUACUUUCGGAUGCUCUCUGGUUUGAUCGGUUAUUAGUUAGAAUUUACUCUGAGCAAUUCUUAGCGUCUAUAUUUCAAGUAGGAAUUUAAUGAAUGGCUUAGGGUUCCAAAGUCAUAAUCAAUUGCUAAGUACUUCAAUUGCACUUUUGAUUUUUAUUUCUUAUAGUUGAGCAUAGAGACCCCUGUAUCUAAUUAAUGCAACAGAUUUCAUCAUUGGUUUUCCUUUCCAAAAUCCAAAGAAAUCUUCAUAUAUGUAGUGUGAUGGAUUCAUUCUGUGUUUUUUUCUAAUGUUUCUUUUCAGUGUCUUGUCAAUAUUUUUCCUCCUUGUAGGUAGUUGUUGGAAACAUAUUGUUUAAAUGCCAGUCCUUCAGAUGGAAUCACCGAGCACUCAGCAUACACAAAUUAUUGAAGUCAGCAGAGAUCUUCCUGAUGUAGCAAGGAAAAUUUGUGGGGAAGCAACAUGUGAGUUCUCAGAUGCUGGAUCCAUCUCAAAGGAUGCUGAAGAACGAUCAACUUCGAUGCGGAAGCUUUUGAUAGCAGUGAUCCUCUGCAUUAUUUUCAUGGCUGUUGAGGUCGUUGGUGGUAUUAAGGCUAACAGUCUUGCAAUAUUGACUGAUGCAGCACAUUUGCUUUCCGAUGUUGCAGCAUUUGCCAUCUCCUUAUUUUCUAUAUGGGCUGGGGGAUGGGAACCGAAUCCUCGUCAGUCGUUUGGAUUUUUUAGAAUAGAGAUUCUCGGCGCUUUGGUUUCUAUGCAAUUAAUAUGGCUGCUUGCUGGGAUUCUUGUAUAUGAAGCCAUUGCUAGACUCAUUGCAGGUCCUCAAGAUGUGGAUGGGUUUUUAAUGUUUGUUGUUGCUGCAUUUGGUCUUGUGGUUAAUAUCAUUAUGGCUUUGGUAUUGGGUCAUGAUCACGGACACGGCCACGGACAUGGACAUGAUCAUGGACACGGGCAUGAUCAUCAUGGCCACAUCCAUGGUAUUUCAGUUUCUACCAAUCAUGAUAUAAAGCAAACACAAGAUGAGCAUCAUCACACUCACCAUCAUGAUGAUGAAAAGCAUUCAAAAGAUGCCCAUCACCAUACUCAUGAUGAUCACAUGCAUCCUCAUGAGCAUGAUCACAAAGAGGGUGCUGCACCACUUCUUGGUGAAUCAAAAGGCAGACCUGAGAAGAAGAAACGCAACAUAAACGUACACGGGGCAUAUCUCCAUGUACUUGGGGAUUCUAUCCAGAGUGUUGGAGUAAUGAUUGGCGGAGCAAUCAUAUGGUAUAAACCUGAAUGGAAAAUAGUUGAUUUAAUUUGCACUCUAAUCUUUUCUGUUAUUGUUUUGGCCACAACUAUCAACAUGCUGCGAAACAUUUUGGAAGUCCUGAUGGAGAGUACGCCGCGUGAGAUAGAUGCUACUCAACUUCAAAAGGGGCUAUUGGAGAUGGAAGAAGUAGUGGCUAUUCAUGAGUUGCACAUAUGGGCCAUUACAGUUGGGAAGGUAUUGCUAGCUUGUCAUGUUAAAAUCAAUCCAGAAGCAGAUGCGGACGCAAUGUUGGACAAAGUUAUAGACUACAUAAAGAGGGUGCAUAACAUUAGUCAUGUAACUAUCCAGAUAGAACGCUAGUUUUUCUUUUUGAAUCUUUUUCUUUUUUGUGUGUGUAGUGAUGCUUUGUUGGGAGGGAUUUAGUUAGACUAGAUGCAGUUAUGUUUCUGGAAGUCAACUUUAUCUAAGACAAUAAAAUUUCUGUGCACUCGUUUUUUUGGCCGUUUAAGAAUGUGAAUAUGAAUAGUGUACAUUUUCAUGCUCAA